AUGAAAAAGGCAGAGAAGAUACAGAAGGAUAAGAUGCGCGAACGCAAGGCAUCCAAUGCCGCGCCCUUGCCCGCGCCCUCAUCAUCAGGUGCCGGCGCCACACCAGACAUUGACGUGGGCUCGCCAUUCAACGUCAAGCACAAGGUGCAUGUGGACUUUGACUACAAAUGGUCUGGCGAGGAGAAUAUGGACCAAGUGUUCCUGUUCCAGGAGUUGCUUGGCACUGGCUCAUUCGGCACAGUUCACCGGGCCCUCCACCGGGACAACAACUUUGAGUUGGCCGUCAAAGUCAUCCCGCUCAAAGAUUCAGAGUCCAUCGAGAAAGAGAUCACCAUCCUCAAGAAGUGCAAGAACAACAACAUCGUCAGCUACUUUGGAUGUUGUAACUCUGGUGACAAACUAUGGAUCUUGAUGGACUAUUGUAGUAUGGGAUCAAUUAGAGAUAUGAUUGAGUUGACUGAGAAGACAUUGACAGAGAAACAGAUAUCGGCCAUUGUAAGCCAGGCUCUCAAGGGUCUGACUUACCUCCAUGCCAAUCAGAUCAUACAUAGAGAUAUCAAGGCUGCCAACAUCCUACUCAACGAGGACAGUAUAGUCAAGCUGGCAGACUUUGGAGUGAGUGCACAACUCGAAGACGAAUUGUCCAAGUCCACAGAGUUCAUUGGAACACCCUUGUGGAUGCCGCCCGAGAUCAUCCAGAAGAAGCCAUAUGAUAAUAGAUGCGAUAUAUGGAGUUUGGGAAUAUCGAUCAUUGAGAUGGCUGAGGGCUUCCCUCCAUAUUACCAGAUGGCCCCAACACGUGCCAUGCUGAUGAUCCCCAACAAGAACCCACCAACACUCACCAAGCCACAUCACUUUAGCAAGGAGCUCAACGACCUGAUAGCAUGCUGUUGUCAAAAGGACCCUGCCAAACGACCAUCUGCAAUGGAACUACUCUCGCACCCAUUCAUUGUCCAACAUUCUACCUCGGGAUCAAUAGAGUCGUUGAGACCAUUGAUUGAGGAGUGUAAUAAGAAGCGCGCUGCUUUGAUGAAAAAGAAGAAGAGUAUCACUGUUGUUGGAUCGGCUGCUGCCGCCACACGAGCUGACGCCACAUCAGCCUUAAAGGACGACCACGACAACUCAACAUUCAUCGUCCACGACGACGACAGUCUUCUCUCAGACAACGAUGAAGACUACAGCGGUACAAUGGUUGUCAACGACGACGUGGACAUGAUCAGUGACAAUAUACCAGAGUUCAUUGCGGCACUCAAGAGGACACUGAGUCAACCGAACAUUGGAGAUAUGAUGAACAACAACUUGGUGACAAGGGAGUCGAAUAACUCACAGUCAAUCAAGGAGCUGGAACAAACUGUUGCCAACCUAAAGAGUGAACUCACAGAGUUGCAGACCAACAUCAAACAGCAUGUAACAAGUGAGAUAGCAUCAUUGAAGAGUGAGCUACUGUCAAUGAUUGGCAACAUCAUCACGGAGAAUACCAUCAAUGAUCUGCCUAGCCCGCCUAGUACCCAGCCACAUCAAAGUGGCAACAAGUCACCCUCACACAUGUUUGGACUGGGCGUCGGCAGGAAGCCAUCGAUAUCUGGAGCAUCUCCAAAGAAUGGAUCACCAACACCUUUGACUGGCAACAGCAUGCUCAAACCACCCGCUGGUGGAAUGCAGAGAAAGACAAGUUCACCACUACCAAUGACAUCCAGUCUUUCAGGUGAUGCUCAGCCACUUGCUGGCAACACCAAGAGGAGGAGCAUGUCCAGGCCCGCGACCCCAGUCUCAUCCAACAGGCCACCCACUCCAUCAUCCUCCAAUCGUCCACCCACUCCAACUUCAACUCCAAAGACAGUAUCGUUGGACAAGGAUGGCAAAGACCCCAUACCAACUUCCACCAACACAGGCACAGGCACAGAGACAUCGACCAGCACUCCAACGACAACGACGUCAACAACAAGCAAUACGGCCACAUCAUGGAAAUCAUCGAAUAGACCAACACCUCCAGCACCCAAGUUUGUCUCACCUAAACGUGCCCCGACACCUCCGGUACGAAGACAGCUUCCACCACACAGACCACCUCCACUGCCACCAUCAAGAAAGCUACCAGCUACACCAGGCAACGCGAACAAUGAGUCUCCAAGCACAACUACAACUCCAUCAUCGUCACAGCUUCCAUCGACCACUCGACAGACACCAGUCAAGCGAAGAUCAAUUAUCUCACAGGCUCCCGUGGCUUCUUCUUCCUCGUCCUCAUCCUCAUCAUCGACCACAGGAGUUAGCAGUGGCAGUGGCGGUAACAACACCACUGAGACACCAGCAGCAACCAAAGAGAAGUCAACAUCAUCAAGCAGUCUGCGCAUGAAGACCAAACAGAUCAAGGCCACAGCUCUCUCAAUAUUCUCACACAACAAGAAGUAG